AUGCCACCAAAGAAGGUUGUUGAGGAGAAGCCAGCUCUCAUUGGCCGCCUCGGUACCAAUCUUAAAGUCGGAAUUCUGGGUCUUCCGAAUGUUGGUAAAAGUACAUUUUUCAAUGUGUUAACCAAGUCCGAGGCCCAAGCUGAAAACUUUCCGUUCUGCACAAUUGACCCCAAUGAGAGUAGGGUUGCUGUUUCGGAUCCUCGCUUUGACUGGCUUGUUAAUCAUUACAAACCGGCUAGCAAGGUUCCAGCAUUUCUCAAUGUUACCGACAUUGCUGGCCUUGUGAAAGGAGCUUCUGAAGGACAAGGGCUAGGAAAUGCUUUCCUUUCUCAUGUCUCCGCUUGCGACGCUCUGUUUCAUUUAUGCCGCGCUUUCGACGAUGAUGACGUGACCCACGUCGAAGGAGAUGUCGACCCAGUUCGUGAUUUGGAAAUCAUUAGCGACGAGUUGUUCGCAAAGGAUUUGCAAUUCAUCGAGGGACCACUUGACAAGGUUGAAAAGUUGGUUACUAGAGCUAAUGAUAAGACCAAGAAGACUGAGUACGACACUCUAGUUCGGGUCAAGAAAUGCCUCGAUGAGAAGAAACCGAUUCGGCAAGAAUCGUGGAAUGAGAAGGAAAUUGAAGUUCUUAAUAAGUAUUUGUUCCUUACCGCCAAGCCAAUUGUCUAUCUUGUCAACUUGUCUGAAAAGGAUUAUAUUAGAAAGAAGAACAAGUGGCUUCCAAAGAUCAAGGCUUGGAUUGAUGCUCAUGAUUCAGGAGCGGUUUUGAUUCCGUUCUCCGGAGCUUUUGAGCUUAAGCUUCUGGACAUGCCAGAAGAUGAGCGUGCUAAGUAUUUGAAGGAACAUGAGACCACCUCGAAUCUUGACAAGAUUGUCAGCACCGGAUACAAGGCGCUUCAACUUGAAUACUUCUUUACUGCUGGAGAAGAUGAGGUCAAAGCUUGGACUAUUCAGGUCGGAACUCCAGCUCCUAAAGCUGCUGGACGAAUUCACACCGACUUCGAAAAAGGUUUUAUCAUGGCUGAAGUCAUGAAGAUCGCCGAUUUGAUGGAACUUGGAGAUGAGUCCAAGGUUAAAGCUGCUGGAAAAUACCGCCAGCAAGGAAAAACUUACAUUGUGCAAGACGGCGACGUGAUUUUCUUCAAAUUCAACGCUGGCGCUGGUCUUCAAGCGAAAAAGAAGUAA